AUGGAAGAUCCAAAUGAUUGUGGGGAAGAUAAUAAUGAAGCAAGUGAAGAAGAAAAAAUACUGUUAGAUCACUGCAUACGGCAUCUCAAUCUUCCCGAUUUCGUUAUGGAGCCGCAAAUAGUUGGUGUAUUGCAAACAUUUUUUCGAUGUGGUGGAGAUCCGGAAACAGUUGUUAAUUUACUUUCUGAAAACUACUGCUCGAUGGGCCAGCUUUGUAACCUGAUCGGUGAGUGGUUGGCAGAUUUGGAAGGUAGUCGAACGAAGGUAGACGAAUGUUUUGAAUCAGCCUUGAGUAAUUUGAUUGCGAAGUAUUUCCAACCUGAAUUAGCGGACAAAAUAUUCGAAGCAGAAGGUGUUGGCAUUGAAUGGCUACCUGAAUUGAUCUUACAUAAACCGUGGCGGCGACUAAUUUAUUCACUUGCUGAACAAUAUCCUCAUUGUUUGAUGUUAAACUUCGCUGUGAAAUUAAUAUCAGAUGCUGGUUUUCAACAUGAAAUUAGUAACGUAAACACUGCGGCUCAACAGCUUGAAAUUUUUUCGCGAGUAGUUCUGUUCACUAUUGAUGCUGUAUUUCAUGAACAUAGGCGAGGUCCAAUGACAGAAGCUUACGAAAAUGCUCUUGCGGAACUUGUUCGAGUCGUAUGCCACAGUGAACAUACAUAUCUAUACGCACAAGCACUAUUACAUGUUAUAUGUGAAGAGGAAACUGGAAUGGCUUCUGCUGCCUGUGCACAUCUCUCGCAAGUUCUGCGCAUAGAAGCACAUGAUCGUGAUCAAGACACAUCGGCAUUACACAUUGCUUUAAAGCAGUCGUAUGAGGAACAAAUUACAUUAAACUCAUUACAAGCAAUACAUACAAUGAUGAGCAAGCAGUGCUUAAAUCCUGCGGAUAUUACAUUACUUUAUCAGCAGUAUGUUUCGUCAAACCCGCCGCCAGUUGAGUUAAUUCGAGAGCACUUCUUUGUUGAUAUGUUAACUGAUUCACUUUUCGCAUACGAAGGAAUAAAAGUUCAUGUUGAUCAUCGCCCGAAGUAUGUCUAUUUGCUGGCAUAUGUGUCAUGUGUUGGUGAACAAAAGACGAGUACCGGCCGAAUACAGAAUCGACAGGAAUUGAACAUGACUCGAGAUACAAUUGAACGAACAGUUAGUUUGCUGGAAACAACAGAUGAUCUCAUGAAGGAAAUGAAAUCAUUGUUAUAUGCAAUACGUCUUCCUGUUAUUGCCGCAGGAUUGUUGUAUUAUUUGCGUGGAAAUCUUUUAAAUGAUGAAUUUAUCAGUGAGCCGGAAUCCGUUCAUUUUGUAUUGCUUGACCAGAUUGCUACAACGCAUCCUAAUUUACAAUUAAGAGUUUUUCGAGUUCUCUGUGAGCUGUAUGAUAGACAAUCCACCAUGAAUGAAGCUGCUGAAGUUAUUAUGGAGAAACAACGUAGUAUAGUCGAUCGUUUUGUUCAUUUAUUAUCCGUUGGCUUGGCCUUACCAGUUGUUGAAAAAAUUAACAAAAUGUUUCGUGAUGGUCAAAUCGACAUUUCUCUUGUUAGAUAUUUCGCGAUUGAAGUUCUCGAAAUUGUCGCUCCACCUUAUUCAGAAGAUUUUAUUGGCGUUUUUUUGCCAAUCGUUUCAAAUCCCGAAAUUUUCGAUCAAAAUAUUAGUGACAAAAUUCCUGCGGCAAAAGAAUUCAUUGAUCAUUGCACGCCUUUGACUUCUGAAGUUAAAUCAUCACAAGCUUAA